GUCGGCUGGGUGCACCGUGGCGUGACGCGAAGUCCCCUGAUCGGUGCAGUUCGUCGUGAGGAAAGUACGGUGAAGGAGAAACUUGAAAAUGAACCCAUGGAAGAUGGAGAUGACUCAGAACUGCCGGUGCAAGUCGACUGAGGGCUUUGAAGCUGGGAAGUAUUUCAGAUUCUACUCUGGAGCUUACAGCCAGCCAGGCAGCAUAGUCAGGAAGUCAGAGGAGACUAAAAUGUUCACACAUUUUGUUUAAGCAAGAACUUCUGCAGCUGAAUUCUGGGAAGCAUUCAAGCAGGCAGACAGCAGUGCAUGACAAAAAUUAAUCCAGAGUUUAUAAAUGCGUGGAUCGGUUUUAUUACAUUAUGCAGAUAUUGUUUUGGAAAGGAAGUCGUUUUAGGCAAAUGUUUAACGAUGGAGUAACAUUUUGCUUUUAAUUGAUUGAUUCUUCAACCUAAGAGAAUGAAUGCGACACCAUGGACUGUUAUUGCUGCAUCAACAGUAAGAGAAAAAUCUAGAUUCACGUUAAGGUCAGAGAGAGGAGGCUGAUGGGACCGAGAGUCUCCCAGCACCUUCUCUGUCAUAUCUCUCAGCAGGAGCUGCUUUGACGAAUAAGCAGGGGUGCCAUAGAGGGGUGAAGGUUAGGAGGAUUCCAAUGCGCUCUUAAGAAACAGGGGGCCUGAAAAAUUAGGGCCAUAACAGGGUUGGUCUGGACUGGGGGGCCCAAUAUUAUAUGCAUUCAUGGGGCCCAAAAUCUAUAGCAUUUCUCCACACAUCAGUCGUGAACUGGGAAAGGAAGGGUCUGCUUAUUCUGAUGAGAUUUUUUGGUCUGUGAAAGAGAACUUUGUGAUUUUAUACCCCAAAGGCAGAGAGGCAUCAGCUGUCACAGGAGCAGGUGCUGCCUCACUUUGACAAGGGCUGCUUCAGUGGUACAGCGUGCUUUUGUAGCCAGACUGAUGGGCACCAUUAUUUGACUGUAGGCAGUCAGUUAUCUGCUGGGCAACAAUUCCUUUCCCAUUAAAAAAUUCAUUAAAAACUUUUUUAAGAUUUUAAGGCGCGCGGAUAGUCAGAUGAUUAGGAUCCAGAUGACGCCUCGGCAUCCUGGGAAUGUAUCAAGAAGAUAAGUAUGAGUUUGUGAUGUCCUCUGCAGACUUGCCAGAAACUCGCGAAAUGUGAAGAAACAACAUCAGCACGAACAGUAGAUGCAUCACAGGCCUGUUGGCUCUGUUUGGGCCCAGUAACUUUCAGCCUUGUGAAAUUUGCUGUUAGUGGUGGGUGUGCCAGACAGUUGCUGUGAGAUUCACAAUUUAUGGGUUUUAUUAAGAGAAAUCUUGGAGUGUUGUUUGUGGGAGUAAAGCGACUUUUUGGGAGCUGUCUUGGUCCAUGGAGCUGAUUUGACAUUCUUAGUUGUAAGACCAAGGCUAUCAGAUGUCCUGGUUUGGGGCGGAGUCAGGUAAUCAUACCCUAAUGACCAAUCCCACACCUCCUUUCCCAAGUCCUGAUACCUGAUUGGUUUUCCCAUAUGCCUCUCUUCUGUUGAACCUGAAACUCGUCUCCACCAAUUCCUGUGUCAGGCAGUUACUUCAUCAUCCUGGGACAUUCAUAAAUUAAAAUCAGUCUGAAUUUUAAAAAAGCAUCAACUAAACACGUGUAUAAAAUCAUCACAAAUGAAGGGUCAAGACUUAUUUAACAUAUCUUUGCUUGGUGACCACCUGGUUGCCAAAAUGGACGCUUAAUCUGCCUAGCGACCCAAAGCUCCUCAGUUUGCUUUCCGGUCAUUCGGAGUUAAAUACACAGCAGUUGGACUAAUUAAGGCGGAGGCGACACAGGCGCCAACCUCGGGAGUUAAUUAACACGUGAAACGUGCCGGUGCCGACGGAAGGUCUGCUGCCGUAUCGUACCGCACAAACUGGGCCCCUGCCCAGGUGUGGAGAUGAGCUCCGCAGCCUGAGGCAGGUGCUGAGGAGGACUUGGGGAAAACUCUUCAUGCUUUUGUGUGGACCUUGAAAUUACCCAGCAGUCCUUCCUGCCCCCCUUUCCGCCAUCCUCGUGUCCUCAGGAGAGGCUAAAGAAGUUAGCAGCCAACACCACAUUGGUGCUUUAAAAUUAGAAAAGAAGCAGAGGGAAGUGGCAAGGCGCCACAGCUAUCGUGAAAGUAAUUAUUCACCUCGUGCUAAAGUAUCCCCUGGUCAGAUGUAUUCCCCGAAUCAGCUUGGCUGCCUGCCAGCAUCGAUUCACUGCCGCUUUUUUUUCCCCAUCCGCCUAACAAAGGCUACCGGUGCAGCUUUACACCCGAACGUGUCCGACCUAGCCGAGCGACGUUUAAGGACGGCCGUCGACCGCGCCUCGACCUCGUCGGAGGAUCUUGGGGAGCUGGAUUGGGAAGGAGGACUGGAAAUGACGCUGCGGCGACGUUGUGAGAGCAUCGCCUGGCCCCAGCAGCUCGGUCUUUCACUCCUUCCUCUCGGCGAUGAACUGUCCGCCCAGAGCGCGGUGAAACUCGACGAGCCUCAGCCAUUUCAGCGCUCCAGUACACGGACGGGGGAGUGUGAUCCGCGGGACCAGUGCCGAUGGCCGCCAGACGCGGCAGGAGGGCCAACUUGGUGGCCUCCAAGCUUCGGUGGAGCAGGAUAUGUGACCAUUUAGAGCCAAGUAGAAGAACUGGAGAGCCCCAGCAGGACAGCAUUCGCCGGUGGCUGAUCUCAGGAGACCAGGUUGACAACCAGACCAACUUCUCCGCGGACCCUGCAGAAUCCCUCAGGAGACACGGCAGCACUGAAGAUGAUCUGUUUCUGGGCGUGGAAGCCUCGCUGUACCGUAAACAGACGCCCCACAGGACUGCUGAGGAACGUCACAGGCCUUUGCACUUGAGUUCCGCCCUCCUCCGGGGGAACAGCAUCACAUCUACAGUCUCUGCCCUCUCUGGAUGUCGCAGUGUCAUGGAUGUGCUGAACCUCUGGCAUGACGAUCCCGAGGAGUUGCUCCUGGACCUGGGCUUUGGCACUGACGAGCCCGACAUCACCGUCAAGAUCCCAGCCCGAUUCAUUAACCACCCAUCCCAGGCCCGGGGGAUCAACAUCCAGGUGUUCCUGGAGGCCCAGAAGAACCGAAUCGAUAUUGAGAACCCUGACCUCAGCAAUCGCUUCAGGCAGCUGGAGGUGCUGCACCAAGUGGCCACGGCCUUCUCUUCUCUGGUCGGCAGCCCUCCUGGCAACCAGGCUCCAGCCCAGCAACCGGUCGCCAGGCAACCGGUCGCCGGGCAAAGACAUGUCAACCAACCCGAGGCCAGCGAAAAGCGAAAGAGGCUCGCCAUGCUGCUCCGUCGGGCUUCCCGGAAGACCUUAAACCAGUCCGCCACAGACCACAUUCCGCACCAGGAUCCCAGCCCGGAGCCUCGCCUCGAGUCCCGCCUCGAGUCCCGCCCCGAGCCCCGGCCAGCCCUCAAACGCUCACGACAGCUCCUCCUGCCCUCCGAGGGCAGCGCACUUUCCCCCCUGGCUGAGGAGCAGGGGCUUUCGCCAGACUCUUCUCAGCCCAAGCUGAGCCCCACUCCAUCGAUCCAGGAGGCCCCCCCGAGGACCAGGUUGGGUAGAGAUGCUGUAUCUACACCCUCCACUGUCCUAACCAGGAAGAGGAGUCCCGAGGAUGGCCGGGAACCUGAGUCCUUCGAGUUGGAAGAGGUACAGAGCUUUGACGACACCAGUGUAGCAGGGAACGUCACAGGCCAUUCUAACGGCACAGAGCUGGGCGUGGUGAGGACAAACAGCUGCCAGUCAGACAGCAGUGGAUUCCUGGAGGAGCCUGUCAUACCUCCCUGGUCCCAGCAGGGGGCGGCAGCACCGGCUCAUAUGAAGACCCUGCAGGUAAAUGCAGGGGAUGACAUGAAGAUCCAAGGCAUACAGGAAGGCUGCCAGGACGCCUCAUAUCGAGUUCCCCCAGUGGGGGCCAACUUGGAAGGUGACCAUUCCACUGAGGGCUUGGAGACAUCUCCAGGUCCUAGGGCAUCCUGGGUUAAUGGCGGUGCCAAGGUAGAACUGAGCCGAGAGGAGGAGGAGCAUGAGAAGGAGGCCUCCACCUUGAUGACCAAUUACACCAUCACAUCGUCGAACAAUGAGGGGAAUAUGGGAGGUGUCUUGGAGGAUGGGGGUGUGGUCAUCUCUAGUGAGAACAGUUGCAGGGGCGAGGAGUCGAACAUUGGAGAAAGCAUGGCCACCCUACUAAUGGAUAGUGUUGACAGUGAUGAGUUGACAUAUGUAUCCUCUGCGGAAGACAUACCCAAACUGGAUCAGGAGGCGGAGCCUCCGGGACUCCAGAGCUUUAUUGAGUACACGGGGAGCAAGGAGCCAAGCUCUGGGGAAGUUCGAGGACUGCCAGAAGCUCCCCCAGCCAGCAGCCUGCCCAGACCAUGGCAUGACCAAAGCAACCCCACACUCAUGGAGGAUACAGGGUGUGGAGGGGGCAGGCCAUCCUGCUGGGUCUCGGUGCAGAUGCCCUCCAGUCUAAGCUCCGUGUCCCAGACCAUCAAUGGCAGGGCAACACCCCCCACCCCGACACCCGACUCGGUGAAUGGGAGUACAUGGAGUGACCAUGAGCUUUCCCUGGACCCCCCCUUGGAACACCCCCUGGAUCUCCCUUCCGACUUCCCUUCCCCAAGGCCACAGCACGGCACCCAGAGAGGCGAAGGGGGCUUCUGCACCCGGUCGACAUCCUUGGACACGGGGUUGGCAUAUGAAGAAGAUGACGAGGAGGAAGAGAUGUCAACUAGGCACUGGAAGGUGGAAUCAGGAGCCUGCUGCUGCCGCUGCCACCACCGCUGCAGCUGCUGCCCCCCACAGGCGCUACACCGUCACUGCAGCCAUCAACACCCGGACAGCUCGACCCAGAAGAUGCAGCGAACCUCCAGCAUGUCCUCCACAUUCCCUUACUCCAUGCACGAGCUGGACAAGAUGAUGCGAAGCUCACGCACCUUCCGCCUCGUGCUGGCGGACAUCGAGCGGCGGCUGGGCGAGGAGCAGGCCUCGCUGCACGGUGACCUCACAGAGGAGGACAGGGAAGACAUCAAGGUCGUCCAAGAGCUGAGGUCAGCCGUCAGGAAGGAGGCGAUGGAGCUUGAGGUUCAGUUGGCUGACCUGGCCCACCACUACGACCAGGGCUUCAGAACGAUCUUCACCUUCACUUUCUGUGGCUCCACUCAGAAGAUGCACAGGCUCCUGGAUGAGCAGUCGUACCUAUGUGCCCAGCUGAGGCUCCGCCCCCCUGAAGUUCUGCUCUGGAGCCCCGCCCCCAUGGCUAGCCCCGCCCCCAUGGCUAGCCCCACCCCCGGUAUGAGCCCCAGCCUCAGACUGAACACCGCUCCCAGCAUCAGGACCAGGACGGUGGGCACGCAGUGCUCUCUGCUUCCCUGGCCUCCUCUAGGGGGCGUGUCCACCCAGGAAGGCAUCCAGAUCCUGCAGCACACCAUCGACGCUCCCCAGUCCGGAUCGGACCAGAUCUUAGGAGGGAAACAGAACAAACUGGACUUUGUCGCGUUUCUCCAAAGUCUAAAAGAACCACUCAGACGCUCAGUCACUAGGGACACUCUGAAAUGAAUGGGGGGGGGGGUUUGUAUAUGAACAAAACCACUCAAGAAGGAGCCACUCCAAGCCUCUGCUCGAGCCCCAGGCUACGUUAGGAUUGUCCAGAGGUCGCUGCCCUGCAGGCUUCUCGGGGGGGGGGGGGGGGUGGGUGUCUCACAGUGAUAGCGUCUCAUUUUCUGUUUAUUUUUUAUGAUUGUUGCUCAGAACAACAACACACAGAACUUUACAUCCAUCCAUCCAUCCUUAUCCAGUAUAGGAUCAUACAUGCAGGCAUACAGAACUAACUAUUUACGUUGCUUACACUUUAUAUAAAUGAACGCCGACUGAAGCUAUUCAGUUUAAGAACACUGUUCAACUGUAUUUCUAUACAAUGGCUAUAUUUAAAUUUAAAUAUAUUUUAAUGUACAGAACUCAUAUGAAAUGACUUUCUGUUGCACACUGAUACCCCCAAUUCAGUUAAGUAUUCCUGUGUUUGGUGCAUUUUCAUGAAGGUUCAGAAUGCACUGCGCUCUUGGAAAUUUUAAGAACUCUUGCUCCUAAGCCACAGCGCCACCUGCUGCUGGUGAUAGGGGACUACAUGUGUGACACUGAGAUGAGAUACUUGAUGUGUUUUGCAUGUUUGUGGAAAGGAGCCUAGACUUACAGACUUGUGCUGUGUAGCCUGUGGGCACCAGCUGAAAUAAAGAGAUCUUGAGAAUGAAA